UUCUCGGAUAUCAGAGCAAGACUGCUAUCUCGAAUAGAAAACGCGACGCCGGAGGCUAAAGUGAACAUUCAAACACUAAUGGCAGAAUUUCAACGGCUUAUCAAUCUGAAAGCGGAUACAACGAUGAUCGAAAAUCAAUCAAGAUCGAAGCAUUCCGUGCAUGCAGUUUCAGAGAAGAAACCGUAUCGUUUGCCACAGCCUUCCCGAUUCGACAAUUCAAAAGAUCAGCGUCAACCGAAAUCAGAUUCGAAUACUGUCCCUCGUACUCCUUGUUGGCAAUGUGGAAAAAUGCAUUUUGUACGGGAUUGCAAUUUUACAGAUCAUCUCUGCAAAGUGUGCAAAAAUGUAGGCCACAAGGAAGGUUACUGUAAAGCCAUGAGAUCAAAAUCUUCAAACAACAACACAUAUCAAAAGAGUGAGAAGAAUCAAAAUCAAAAUCAAAAGAAAUCUCAGGGAAUUUUCGUUAAUCAUGUCACGAAAAACACUGCUAAAAGGAAAUUUAUCUCUAUCAUAAUCAAUGGCAUAACUACAUCACUCCAACUGGACACCGCAAGUGACAUAACAGUUAUUUCUAAAACAACAUGGCAACAUUUGGGUCAACCGAAACUUUCUCAAGCAUCCAUUGAAGCAUCGAAUGCAUCGGGAGAACAACUCAAGCUUAUCGGUGAAUUCGAAUGCGAGGUUAUCCUUAAUGCGAUUACAGAGAAAUGUGUUUGUUUUGUUACAUCAUCACCAGUCCUAAAUGUUAUAGGUAUAGAUUGGAUAGAUAGGUUUAAUCUAUGGGCAAUUCCCUUCGAUGUACUGUGUAAGAAAGUUUCAUCAGCAUGUCCAAAGGAUCGAAUAGUACAGCUUCAAUCGAAAUAUCCAACAGUUUUCGAUGAUUCGCUUGGACAUUGCACAAAAACGAAGGUGAAACUGUUUCUGAAGCCCAAUGUAAAACCAGUUUUCUGUCCAAAACGACCAGUACCAUUCAAUACUAUCGCUCUUGUGGAUGCGGAACUAUCAAGACUACAAUCACUAGGCAUCAUCACACCAAUAGACUUUUCGGAGUGGGCUGCUCCGAUAGUAGCCAUUCGCAAGCCUAAUGGUAAAGUUCGAAUUUGUGCGGAUUAUUCGACGGGGCUUAACGAAGCUUUAGAGUCAAAUCAUUAUCCUCUACCUACUCCUGAAGAAAUUUUUGCACAGUUGAACGGAAGUGUUGUAUUCAGCAUAGUCGAUUUGUCCGAUGCAUACCUACAAGUAGAAGUAGAAGACGAAUCUAAACACCUUCUUACGAUCAACACACAUAGAGGUCUUUUUCAGUUCAACCGUCUCGCACCGGGAGUCAAAUCAGCACCUGGAGCUUUUCAAAGACUAGUUGACGGUAUGAUUGCUGACAUUCCUGGCGUUAGAACAUUUCUAGAUGAUGCUAUAAUUUUCGGUAAAACUUGGGAGGCACACAAGCAAUCAUUAGACACAUUUCUUCAGCGUUUAAAAGAAUAUGGCUUCCACGUCAAGCUGGAAAAAUGUCAUUUCUAUCAAACUGAAAUUGUCUAUUUGGGGCAUGUGGUAGAUCGCAACGGCAUACGUCCUGACCCAGAGAAGCUGAAAACCAUCGCAUCUAUUCCAGCACCAACGAACAUUUCCGAAUUAAGAUCGUUCUUAGGAGCUGUGAAUUUCUACGGCCGAUUUGUGAGAAACAUGCAUGAACUCAGACACCCGUUAGAUCAAUUGCUAAAGAAGGAUACGAAGUGGAAGUGGAAUUCGGAUUGUCAGACAUCGUUCGAAAAAUUCAAGAAAGUACUGCAAUCUGACUUACUGUUGACACAUUAUGAUCCGAAUCUUCCUAUCAUCGUUGCAGCAGAUGCGUCUAGCACCGGCGUUGGCGCAGUCAUUUUUCAUAAAUUUCCGAACGGAUAUUUGAAAGCCAUUCAACAUGCUUCAAGAACAUUAACGUCUGCAGAACAAGGCUACGGACAACCGGAAAAAGAAGCUCUGGCUCUUACUUAUGGGGUAACCAAAUUUCAUAAGUACUUACUUGGUCGGAAAUUUACUCUUUUAACCGAUCAUAAGCCUUUACUAUCCAUAUUUGGUUCAAAAAAGGGAAUUCCUUUGCACACAGCAAACCGACUCCAACGGUGGGCAUUGAUGUUAUUAAACUACGAUUUUACCAUCGAAUAUGUUUCAACCACCGAGUUUGGGUGCGCUGACAUGCUAUCAAGGCUAAUCGACCGUUGCAAGCAACCAGAGGAAGAUUACUGCUCGCGACCGCUGUACGAGAUGAAUCCCGAAGGAAGUGCCCCCAUCGCGCCGAAGACGACUCCCCACGCGCCACCGGCACACAUCAAAGCGGAGCAUGAGGAAAGGCAUGCGGUUUCAAAAAUCAGUUUUCCAGAUUUCGAUGUGGAUGAUGUGGACACCUGGUUCCUUUGCCUGGAAGCGGCUUUCAACGUCAACGACGUAAAAUCGGACAAGCAGAAAUUCAAUACGGUCAUCGUGUCGCUCGGCAACCGAGCCAAAUACGUUUACACUGCCAUUGCAAAGUGUAACAAAAGUGAGAAUAACGAUCGUUACAUCACGAUGGAAAACGCCGUACUGGAGUAUUUUCAACCCUCGGAAAACCAGCGGCUAACCAACCUCCUUUCCGGUGUUUCGCUGGGCGACCACAAGCCCAGCAUGCUGCUCUCCGAGAUGCGAAGACUGGGCAGAGAAGGAUGCUCCGACAGCGUCCUUCUUAACAUCUGGCUUCGUGCACUACCCAACACAGUGCGGUCCAUCGUUUCCGCCUUGCCCACCGCUACACUCGACGAGCAGGCGAUCGUGGCUGACAAAAUCAUGGAGGCGCCACGCACGGAGAUUGCACCUCACUCGAAGAACGGAUCGAACAACUCUCCCGGAGACUGGACGAAGUUUUCUCGGUUGAUCGACGCGCAGCUCAUCACACACCCAGGCUACAAUUUCCGAAGGCGCCCUGUGUAA